AUGGUAGCAAUCGGAGACAACAUCCUGACAUUCUCCAAGCUGCAAACGGUGUGUUUCGAAGAGGCCAACCUAGUGAAUGAGAGAUCAAUUGGGAGAAACCUGACAUUGCCGGACAACGGAACGUACCUGUGUCCGAAUGAUCUGCUCUUGGGUCGGGCGACAUCCAGGAUACCAAGUGGUCCCUUUCUUGAGACAGCCAACCCGAACCACCGACACAAAUUUGUCCAGAAAAUCAUCGACACGUUUUGGAAAAAGUGGAUUCGAGAUCAUUUCCCAAGUUUGAUUGAGCAAAAAUGGCAUACAGCCCAACGAGAUCUAAUGGUGGGCGACGUCGUCUUGAUUCAGGACUCAAAUGAAGUAAAACUGGAGACUUGGUAG